GGUAAGAUAACCUGUCGGUGUUUCGACAUCCCUUUCAUUUCUCCGAUAUGGAAAGAGGGGUCUAAUUGUGAAUGUAAAUAACCAGAGAACAUUAUUUCGAAAGCACCUUGGUCCAAUCAAAUGUUAACUACCUAUCACAUGGGAGGUGGGCGCAGGCGGGUUUGGGUAGGAUUAAGUCGGCGUAUUGUGCAUGUUGAAAUGUCAGCUAUUCAAACGCCUGUCACUCGUAUCAUUUGUCACACGUAGACUUUCACCUAACGUAAUAUUUGAGACUUUUACCGGCCCAGGUUGUCUAUAAUUAACGAAUGAAUAUUGAAGACAAUACCCAGCUGUGUGCAGUUAAGUAAAUCAAGGCAUAAAAUCAAUCGCGAUGGCAACGGACGUUGAAAAAUUAUUAUAUAAAUUACGGGAGUUUAAUCAAGACCAUCUGUUACAAUUUUGGGAUGAAAUUAGUGACGAUCAAAAAUUACUACUCAUUCGGGAUAUCGAGGAACAAAAUCUGAAAGAGAUUUCAUCCUAUUUUAAAAGUGCCGUUGCAUCUUUGAGCAACGAUCAAGUAAAAUUAGAUGCCAAACUACGUCCGAUACCCAGCGAAGUGAGUGCCUCACUGCAGAAUUCUACAUUUGCGGAAACUCAAAAAUAUCACGAUUUGGGUCUCAGAGAAAUAGCUGAUGGACGUACCGCUGUACUCUUGAUGGCAGGAGGACAAGGAACCCGCCUGGGUGUGAGUUAUCCUAAAGGAAUGUUCAACGUCGGUCUGCCAUCUGGUAAGAGUUUGUUUCAAUUACAAGCGGAGCGGAUACGUCGGCUAGAAAAUUUGGCUGAGGAAAGACAUAAGAAAAAAGGUUCGAUAACUUGGUACAUACUGACCAGCGAGGCAACAACCAAAACCACCAGAGAUUACUUCAAAGCAAACAAUUAUUUCGGCCUGAAAGAAGAUAAUGUCCUUAUGUUUGAGCAGGGUAUGCUGCCGUGCUUUAAUUUUGACGGUAAAAUAAUCUUGGACGAAAAACAUCGGCUUGCCAGAGCGCCAGAUGGAAAUGGGGGACUGUACAGGGCCUUGAAAGUACAAGGAAUACUGCAAGACAUGGAUAAGCGGAGCAUACGUUCUGUUCACGCGCAUUCCGUAGAUAAUAUUUUAGUCAAGGUAGCAGAUCCCAUUUUCAUUGGUUAUUGCCUGUCACGUUCAGCAGACUGCGGAGCCAAGGUUGUUGAAAAAUCAUCCCCAACUGAAGCAGUGGGAGUCGUUUGCCAGGUGGAUGGUGUCUAUCAGGUGGUUGAGUACAGCGAAAUAACUGAGGAGACUGCGUCGCUGCGCGAUGAGAAUGGGCGGCUUAAGUUCAUUGCUGGAAAUAUAUGCAAUCAUUAUUUUACCAAGGAUUUUCUUCAGUCUAUAGCAGAUGUGCAUGAGUUUGAGCUAAAGCUUCAUGUGGCCAAAAAGAAAAUUCCAUAUGUCGAUCAGUCUGGAGUAAGGAUUGUACCUGAGAAGCCGAAUGGUAUUAAGAUAGAAAAGUUUGUUUUCGAUGUUUUUCAAUUCUCUAAACAAUUUGCUGUUUGGGAAGUUGCUAGGGAUGAAGAAUUCAGUGCUUUAAAGAACAAUGACUCAGCCAAGAAGGAUUGUCCCUCUACUGCACGCAAUGAUCUCAUUGAAUUGCACAAGAAGUGGUUGUUGAACAGUGGGGCUACCUUAGUAGAGGGUGAUGUUGAGAUAUCUCCGCUUUUAUCUUAUGCCGGGGAAAACCUUGACGUGAAAGGAAAAAUUCUCAAGGGGCCAGUUGUUUUACAAUAAAAGAUGAAUAAUACAACUUUGCAAUAUCUUAUACGCUGGACAACUCCUGCAGAAUAUCGAAAAAAUUAUAAUUGAUUUGAAAUUUGAUGACUUGGAUGGCACAAAACUGUAUUCAAAUAUUCAGAAUAUUUUUAAAAAGACAACGGGCCUUUGGUCUUCUAAAGACCUGCAAUAUUUAUAAAUGGCAAUACUUAAUUGAUAUAUUUUGAAUGUUGUUAAUUGAUCGGUAUUAACGCGAUUCGUCUCACAUUCCAACAUAAUUGGAAUAUUUUAUUUUAUUUUAUUCAAAAACAAAAAUAUGGUAUAGGGUAUUCCUAAUAUUAGUAUUCGAUAGAUAAAAACUAUAUUUUACACAUUUACAUUACCUAAAUGACAUGACAAAAACUUCAUUUCAACUGUCACCAGAUUGAAUGUAUUAUUUUUUAUUUAUUUUACCUCUCCACUCAUUUUUAAUUGACAAACAAAAUUUAAGUAACACUUAUUUGCACAUUGUUUCUCACUACCAAUCCCUCGUUCUCUUUUGCAAUGGCAAACAGUUUUGAAAUUAGCUUUUACAAAAAAAUUUCGUCUACCUCUUAAAAAGUAAAAAAUUUUAGGAAAGUAAGCGAAUUUUCGUAAACUUCCUACCUUAUUGUUAGAAUGUUGCAAAGAGCACAAAGCACCAAUUACUCAUUGUAUAUGAAAUUUAUAUACAAUCAGAAGUGAACGUGAAAUAAUUAAUAAGAAUCUUACAUAUGAUGUAAGAUUUUAUACUAUUGCAAUGUGAUAAAAUAUUUUGAAAGAUUAUAUAGAAUUUUUUUCGUAUUGUAGUUAAUUAAAUAUGUUUUCUAGUUAUAACCAAAGUAUCCUCAAAAUUUUCAUUGUUUUGAUUAGUUCGGUAGCUUUGACAUCCUGAAUUUACGUUUAAUUAAUCAACAUGUUUAUUUUGAGUUUACUGAUCGUCAGGGUAUUUUAAAUUUUGUCAUCCAUCAAACUACGCAUGAAUCAGUUUUUGCAUUUAUGGACUAAUUCUAAUGCAAAUUUCUUAUAGAACCUAAUCGAUUUGAAUUCUUUUACAAUUGACAAUUCAUGUAUACACACGACAUACAUAUGUAUGUAUAGUAUCUACAAAUCCGCAAAUACUAUUGCAGAUGAUUCAAGUAGACAGACCUUUCUUUUCCUUUUAUUACAAUACAUACAAGCAAUUCUGAUACAAGCAAAAUUUAUCUACUAAUUUGCAUCUAUAUUUAUUGAAAUUAGCUUGAAUGUAUUGCUUACGAAGUAUACAAUGUACUCCCUGAUAUAAAUUUCACAGUAAUUUUCUGAAUUAUGACCAGGGUGGCAAUAGAUCAAGAAAACCGGGAAUAGUUAGGAAAUCGUGUAUCGGGAAAAGUCAGAGAAUUAGGAUGAACUACGGGGAAAAACGUACUUUCUUUAUAAAUUAUUUUCAAACUUCAACCAUGCUUCGUAAAUUCAGCUAAGCUAACUUUCGGAAAUUACUAUUCAAAUUCUAUGAACUGAAUUGAAAUGAAGCAAUAUUAGGUGGUUUCAAACUCAAAUUUCACACAAUUUCUGGAUGUGUAGUAAUAAAAGCUACCCAACAUUACUCAAAGGCUCAAGGGAAGAGAGCAGGGAAUUCUGAAUUUUUUAAUGGGAAAACAAGGAAUUUUAUUCGAACAAAAUUUUCGCCGCCCCGUAUUACUGAUUAAUUUAUACAUAGCGAAUUUGUAAAUCAGAUUAUUAAUAUGUAUGUCAAGAAAUUUAUUGCCAAGUGAAUUAUACUGCAAUAAACGCAUUACAUUUUCUUUCCUAAGUUACCCAAAGAGAAUGGAGAGCAAAUUACUGUAAAUUAUGAAUUGCAUACAAGCAAUUAAAAAAUUAUUGUAUAACAAUUGGGGGUUAAAAAAAGUUUCCGCAUCGUAAUGCUAAUUUAUCAUUUACAUUUUAUGUAGAUCAAAAAUUUUUCUAAAGGAAAGGCGUACAUAUCAAAAUAAAAUGAGUAAAUCAAUUUUAUGUACAUCAUUUUUUAAUCUAAAUUUGUAAAUGAAUUAAUUUCAAGUUUUUUAAAUAGAUUCAUAGUUAGAAGAUAUUUGUGAUAUCGUUUCAUCUCUUGGUAAACAUUCCAUUGUAACUUAAUGUUUCAACAUGAUUGUGUAAGUGUGUGUCAAUAAUUUUUUACAUUUACCUCAUUACUGAAAUUGCUCAAAAACGGAUUACGACUGAUAUUUUUGUUCCUUACAAUUAGCUAUCAGUUAUUAUACUACAGUUAAAUUAUAACGCACGCAUUGAAAGUAUCCAUAUAAUUCUACUUACUAUACCUCGUACUCACUUGAACAUUAUUUAACGAAAAAUUUUGACUAAACACUUAUACAAAUAUAUACAAAGUACUGACAAUAAACGUUUCAGUUAAAUUAGAAUUUUUCCGUAAAUUAUUCUAUACUUCUAUUCUAGAAGGUAUGCUUGGAUUAAUUUUACUAAUCAGAUUUAGUGAUUUCGAUAAUAAUAUUGUCGAGCUAUAUGAACGAUAAUUAUUAAUAUUUUAAUUGAACCCUGCUAUAGCACAACGAUAAUUUCAGUUUUUAAAAGUGCCGAAAUAUCGCGAAAAAAAUACAAGUACAACCUCGCAAUAACAAGAUAAGUUGUGCUUGAGUGACUAGUAUAUUAACAAUAUAUUGCUGUCGGUAAGAAUGAAUGAUCUUUCCUGAUACGGGCACUAGAACAUCACUUUCUACUGAAUGCCAAAACUACGGAUUAUUUAAAAAAUUAAAAUAAAGAGAUAUAAUCAUGAUGGAAUGUAUGGUGGCGGGCCAAUCAUCUCAGAAUAAAUAUAUAUUUUUACUGCAA